AUGGCUGAACCUAGAAAAAAAAAACAAAAAAAUUCAACAACAACUUAUAUCAAUCGUAUUAAAGUUAAUCUAGUUAACCCAACUCAUACCUCGAUGAUUCCUAAAUCAGAUGAUUUAGAAAGUUGGAAAAAGCACAAUCAAAACUUACAAGAAAGAAUAGAGCAAAUAAAGAUUGAUACAAAUUGGUCCGAAUUUUAUAGUAGAUUUUACCAAUCAUAUUAUCCGUGUAACUCUAUUAAAAACCAAAAUUUUAUAUCAGAACAUGAGAAAACCAAAGAAAUAAAUAGAAAGCUUAGAGAAACAAUUCCAUCUUCUGAAAAUCUUAAUUCAGAAACUUCUUGUUGGAGAAAAUCAUAUGACAACAUCAAUUUAAUAAUAGAAGCUGCAAAGAAAAAUUGCAUUUCUAUUGAAGAAAUUAUUGAUAAGUUAAGUCAUUCGAAAAUUACGAUUAAUUAUUUUCAGGAAGUUAAUAAAGAAGAUCUUGAUAUGUUAAUCAAUUGUUUGGUAGGAAAAG